UCCGGAGGUAAGCGUGGUCGGAAGUGUGUGUCUCAGUCGUUACCAACGGUCACAGCGCUGCUCCGUGAUUAAACUGUUAACCGAGUUUAGUUGGUUGUUUCCGCCUCUUUGUUUGACAGGAGCCUUUUUUAGGUUUGUGCCGAAGUUUUAAGGGUUUAGUUUUGAGAAGAUUUAAAAUCAACGCUUUAAAUUGUACUUCUGGAUCCACAGCAGCUCAACUGGAGUCACUUCUGAAACAAUGUUUGUUGGUGGGCAGCUGUAGAUGCCUAGAAUGAAUCUACAAACCCUGUCACUGAGAACCCUGCUGGUUCUGGGGCUCUGGCAGUCUGGGAGGAGAAGCCUCGCCUCGGCUCCAGAGCUCAAAGAGCAGCCCAAGAAAAUAGCCGUGGUUGGAGCAGGCAUCGGUGGCACAGCGGCAGCGUUUUAUUUGAGGCAAGAGUUUGGAAAUGCGGUCAAGAUCGACGUGUUUGAACCCGGAGAUGUUGGUGGGAGACUUGCGACAGUGAAGAUGGGAGAUUAUGAGUACGAGACGGGAGGCUCAGUGAUCCAUCCUCUGAACCUACACAUGAAGCACUUCAUUGAGAAACUCGGUAUUCCUCCAAGGAAAGAUGUCCCCUCUAAAAUGGCGAUCUUUGAUGGAAAAGAGCUUGUAUUCGAAGAGAGCAAUUGGUUCAUAGUUAAUUUCCUGCGCAUGCUCUGGAGAUACGGGUUCAGCUUUCUUCGAAUGCAUAUGUGGGUGGAGAGUGUGCUGGACAAAUUCAUGAGAAUCUAUCAGUAUCAACAGUACGGCUACUCAUUCUCCACCGUGGAAAGGCUCUUACAUGCCAUGGGAGGCGAUAAUUUUCUUACCCUGAUGAAUCAGACGCUGGAGGAAACCAUGAUGGGUGAAGGAUUUUCACAGGUCUUCAUCAACGACAUUGUUGCACCCAUCACUCGUGUCAACUAUGGACAAAGUGUUCGCAUCAAUGGCUUUGUUGGUGCUGUGUCACUAGCAGGGGCAGAUCCAGGCCUGUGGGCAGUAGAUGGAGGCAAUAAGAGAGUGUGCUCAGGUCUGCUUUACCACAGCAAGAGUGAGCUCAUCCACGCCAGGGUGACUUCCAUUUCGAUCAAGGUUCGGCCAUCCAAGACAGGGAACCCGAUGAGCUUCUAUGAGCUCAACUAUGUUGGAGAUUCAGGCGCAGCACACGGUUUAUACGACAUUGUGAUCAUAGCAACACCACUACACCAGGGGAAAUCAGACAUCACCUUCACAGGCUUCUCCCCUUCGAUCCCCACUCACUUCCCGGGCCGCUACCACCAGACGGUGUCCACUCUGGUCCACGGCCUCCUGAACGUGUCCUACCUGGGCACAACCGAGUCGCCCUCAGAAUUCACUGUGUCCGACGUCCUCACCACGGACUCGAAGGGCUCUGUCAUCAACAGCCUGAGCUCUCUGGACCCGGUGCACAUCCCCCCGGACUACAAGCGACCCCCCACCAGCGAAGCUAAGGUGUGGAAGGUUUUCUCUCCGCAGCCUCUUUCCAAGCAGCAGCUGCAGAACAUAUUCCUCUCCUAUGAUUCGGUGUCUGAGACGUCGUGGCUGGCGUACCCGGCUUACCGUCCGCCGCAGCGCAAGACCCCUCCGUUCAUCCUGCACAACCGGCUCUACUACCUCAGUGCUGUGGAGUGGGCAGCCAGCGCCAUGGAGAUGAGCGCCAUCUCCGCCAGGAACGUAGUUUUGCUGGCACAUCACCGCUGGCACCAACAGACCACCAAGAUCGACCAGGAGGACCUGCACACCCGACUACGAGGAGAACUCUGAGGAGGGAGAACUACUUGAAAUUAGAACCAAAAAGCAAUAAUUUCCCAUCAAUCAAGCGCAUCAUUUCUAUCUGUCAGGUAACAUUGAGCUGUUCAGAGUAAUUACUGAGAUCUGGGAACACGGUGACAGUAGAGCUGCAACUUUAGCUGAUUAGUUGAUCAAAAUAGAAUUUAUCUACAGCUGUUAAUAACUGUUAGAGUCAACUGUGAUGCGAAGAUGUCAGAUAUUUAGUAGUUUCAGCCUCUGAAAUGUUAGGAUUUCUAAUUGUUCGCUGCCUUAUUUUAUAGUAAAUUCAAUCACUUUGAGUUUGGACAGAACAAAUUUGAUCACAUCACGUUUUGCAUAUGUUUGUGUUUUUCCAGGGUUAGGCUUAGGUUCAUGUUGUCUUCAUUCAGAUUCAAUGACUCUGUUUCAGCUGUUUUGACAGAAAUCUGUGCAUUUUCUCAUAUUUCAGACAAUUUGAUAAACAAAAGCGUGUAUUGUAACAAAAUUUGUUUAAAAAAAUGUGAGAUUUUUUCCUCAUAUCUUAUCAUUUUGGUCCUGUUCAUUUUCCUUUGGCACUGGUUAAAACUCUCAAUAUUACUCUGAGCAGGAAGGACCCUGAUUUUAUCUACAUAUUUAUGCAAAUUAUUCAAUAAUGAAUAUCAUCUCUAGUUGCACUACAACUUCUGAGAGCACAACAGACACGAGCAGUCAAAGAGUUUUAAACAAGCUCAGCAGUUUAACCAGUCUAUCUAAGCCACUUUAUUUGGAGAUAAAACCAAAAAUGAGAGCCCCUGAAAUUCUCCUGAUUACACAGAAACACAUUCAGAAAACAAAGCUACUUAAACUAGAAUCACAAAGUUGUGUGAACUGAUGGUAGUGGACAGUAGUUUUACUUGCUAUCUCUUCAAACUAGUAUUUUUGUGAAGUUUCUGCUUUCCCAGACCUCUGUAGUUGCCUCUGAGAGUACAGUGUUCAUUUUUCCGUUGGUAAAACCAAGUGCAACGACUUGUUGACGUUUGUGUUAAAUCCUAAAGCAUCACCAGCAACAGCAGCACAACUUAGAACUGUAUAAUCACUGUGAACCUCGCUGCACAUGAGUGUCUUGAGCAAAUGUCAGUUUAUGUUUUUUACUGUAUGUUGCUCCUGUUAUGAACACGGUACAGAAAACUGUUUAAGGUAAAGCCAGCGACUCUAAUACAAUACACUUUUUUGUCAAAUUCAUCAUGCACACUGAAAAGAAAUGCAUACUUGGCUCUGGAAGCAAACAAAGUGGCUUGGACUUGUUGAGGAAUUCUGCGAUGUUGAGGGAUGAAUGAGGAGGCAGAUUUAGAGACACUGUGGAGACUCAGAUGGUUUAUGUUGAGAAUAAGGUUUACUGAUAUCAGGAGAAGUGAUACGACGAGCAACCUUGAGUCUAUAUUGAGUUGGGAGGAAGGCCAUAUUUAGACUACGGCCCAAAAUGUAGUCAACUUUUCUACUCUAUGACAGCAGACUAAACAAUAUCUAAUCUUAACCAAGUCAUGUUUCUCCUACAGCAGCUGUCUCUCUCUCAUGUAUCUUCUUCUGCCUUUCUCAGGGUCUUAUUAGGGACAGAGAGGGCUUGAAUGAGCUCCCAGCCUCAGUUUGGGAGAAGCAAAUAGGAAGAGAGGUCAAAGGUGACCUGUAGGAUAAUCCGAGGUGAUCUGUAGGUUCUACAGGUUGAUUUAAGGUGACUGUAGCUGACAGAUGCAACCUGCAUGAUAUUCUGGGACGUCUUCAGCUAACAGUCCCGAGGGAACACGUCACAGGACUGAUCCAUAAAACAUUAUUCCAGCUUGUUCUGGGCACAUAAAUGGAGAGUAGGGGGCAUCGGGAACAAGUGGGGGCAAUUAAUGAGGAAGACAUUCUAAACAUGCAAACAUGUUAAAUGUGAACAACCUUUCUGCAGAAUCACUCCACCUUUAUAGGAAAUCAUUUUGUCAUUUCCCUUCAGGCGCAUUCCUGUGUUGCAUUUACUGGUCUAAUGAUGUGUCUUUGCUGACUGGUUAUGUGUCCUCCAAUGACUUCCUGGUCUCUCUACCUCCUCAUCACACUACUGUUCAUGUUGUUAAUGAGUUCAGGCAGCUGUCAGCGAGAAAGUUUCUGUCCCCAAGGCUUUUUGUUUUUGGAAACUGAAUGAUGUUAGCACUGUAAGAAGUUUCUUGAUGUGAGUGGAGUGGAGUUUGCAUGUUCUCCCUGUGACUUGGUGGGUUUUCUCUGGCUUCCUCCCACAGUCUAAAGACAUGCAGGGUUGGUUAGUUGAUGAUUUUUAAUUAGCUGUCGGUGUGAAAGUGUGUGUUCGUGGUCAUCUGGGUCUUUGUGUUCUCCCUGUGAUGGACUAACCUGUCCAGAGUUUACCCAAAGUCAGCUGUGUUAGUCUCUGACAGGAUAAAGCGGGUAAAAUAACGGAUGAAUGGAUCGACGAUGCUGAUGUCAAUAAUGAAAAGUGUUUUUCUUACUACUUAACUAAUAUGUUGACUUUAAUCACACUACAGAAGAGGUAACAGAUGACUAAAUGAAGCUUUUUUGAGUAACGAUUGUGCCUUAAAGAUGUCUAAUUGGCUAAUGUGUUUAUUAAAUUAGAAGUAUCAUUUUAGAAAUUCUUCCUUUAUUAUUUUUGAAUUAGAAAAUUGCCACCGCAGGACCAAACUGCAAUCAGUAUGAUGCUUUUCUAGAUUUAGUUGCAACAUAGAGAGGAGAAUUGAAAGUAUUCUGUUCCUGUGAAUAAUCAGAAACUCUACACUACCAAGACCACUUUUAGGUUCUUUACCUAUUUUGGGAUAAAAAGCAACUGUAGUUUGCUAAUUGUUUCUUAAGCACCUUUAGAGUGUGUGUUUUCUAGAUCUUUGAGAGAAGUAGCAAGAAUAUUAAUUGUGCACUUUACCUAUUCUAAAGUUUCAGUCUUACAUGUUAAUUUCAGAAUGAAUUUGAUUUCAAACAAAACUGAAACCUUGCAGAUUCUACUGUGUUUACAAUCACAAUAAAGUGAUGAAACUCUG